AUUAUGGGCUGUGGGUGCCGCUGAGCAAGAUGGAGCUGUCUGCAGUAGGCGAGCGGGUCUUCGCGGCCGAAUCCAUCAUCAAACGCCGGAUCCGCAAGGGACGCAUCGAGUACCUGGUGAAAUGGAAAGGGUGGGCGAUCAAGUACAGCACUUGGGAGCCAGAGGAGAACAUUCUGGAUUCGAGGCUCAUCGCAGCCUUCGAGCAGAAGGAAAGGGAACGUGAGCUGUAUGGGCCCAAGAAGAGGGGACCUAAACCAAAAACUUUCCUCCUAAAGGCCCGGGCCCAGGCGGAGGCCCUCCGCAUCAGUGAUGUGCAUUUCUCUGUCAAGCCGAGCGCCAGCGCCUCCUCGCCCAAACUGCACUCCAGCGCUGCGGUGCACCGGCUCAAGAAAGACAUUCGCCGCUGCCACCGUAUGUCCCGCCGCCCCCUGCCACGACCAGACCCACAAGGGGGUAGCCCUGGCCUGCGCCCACCCAUCUCGCCGUUUUCUGAGACGGUGCGCAUCAUCAACCGCAAGGUGAAGCCUCGGGAACCUAAGCGGAACCGCAUCAUCCUGAACCUGAAGGUGAUUGACAAGGGCCCGGGAGGUGGCAGCACUGCGCAGGGCACCGGGGCACUGGCCCGCCCCAAAGUUCCCUCGCGGAACCGGGUCAUUGGGAAGAGCAAGAAGUUCAGUGAGAGCAUGCUCCGCACCCAGAUCCGCCACAUGAAGUUUGGCACCUUUGCGCUCUACAAGCCCCCUCCCGCCCCUCUGGCGCCCUCUACCGCGGGCAAAGCCGAUGUGGCCUCCUCGGGGCCUGGGCUGCUCCUGGCCACCCCAGCUGCUGCCCCCUUUGACGCACACAGCUCUAGCUCUUCCGGCUGCCCCUCACCCACACUGCAGUCCUCUGACCCAGACGAUGCACCACCCAAGCUCCUCCCCGAGACCAUGAGCCGAUCUGCACCCAACUGGCGAGAGUCAGAGGUGCUCGAUCUGUCCAUCCCUCCUGAGGCGGCUGCCAUUGGCCAGCGGGUGCCCCCUGAUGUCACUGCUGCUGCAGGCCAGGUGCUUCACACAGCUCUGGAGCCCACAGGUGCCGGAUCCUCCGAGCCUGAGUCUGGGGACUGGCGCCCCGAGAUGUCACCAUGCUCCAAUGUAGUCGUCACAGAUGUCACCAGCAACCUCCUGACCGUGACCAUCAAGGAAUUCUGCAGCCCUGAGGAUUUCGAGAAGGUGGCUGCUGGGGUGGCAGGUGCUACAGGGGGUGGGGGUGGCACUGGUCCAAGUAAGUGAGGGGCUUCCUCAAGGAGGGAGGCUUUGGGGGGCCUCCUUCCUGGAGUCAUACUUGUGCUCCCACCCCGUCCCUGCCCUCAGACCCGUAUGCCUGUGCUUUGCUUGCCUCAAACGGCUCAGUGUUGACCCAGGGAUGGGGCUGGUAGUCCUGAACUUGGUUAGGGCCCUGGUAGGGCACAGGAACGAAGAUCUGCUCCCUGGUGUCCCUGGCACUGUCCCUGACUCUGCAGGUGGGGCCCACUAGGUGGUUUCUGGGGAUUCCCCAGAAUUUGGGGUUCACCUAUCCUAUCUACACCCCACCCUGCCUCUCCUAGCUUGCUUCUUGCUCUGUGUGCAGUGUCUGGUCUCGGUGCUAUCGGCAUCUGCAGGGCCCCCAGGAGGUCCCACCUAGGGUGGACACAGUCCCUCACUACCACCCUGGCACUGAGUGAGGGAAGAGGCCAAAAUGGGUCCCUCCCUCGACACCAUUGAGGGUGGCAGCAGCUGGGCCAGAGGUCCCCUUCCCUGCUUGCCUACUUGUGGACCAGGCCUAUGCAGAUCUGCCCCACACACUGUCUCUAUCCAAAACCCCCUUUCAAGUUGGAGGGGCUGGCGGACAUGGCACCCUGCCACAGCCUCUGGGCAUCUGAAAACCCCUUCCGUUUUCUACCAAAGGUGCUGCAAGAACCUGCUGUGGAAACUUCUGGCUGUGCAUGUGUGUUUGCCCCUUGGCUCAUUCUUGUGUAGAUCUAUGUGUGUGUUGGGUGCAGGGCCUUAGUUUUCCCCUGCAACACCCUUUACGGUUCCUCAGAACAGGGUCGCUGAAGGCGUGGCCUCUCUUGCCUUAGCCAGACCAGUCUGUGUGGUUUGUCGUGGAAGCCACAGGCCUCUCCAAACCCAGGUUGUUGGGGGGACAUGGAGCCCUCAGGCUCUUCUUGGGAUAGUCAUCUUGAAGGUCAGACCUUUACUGCAGACAUGGCAGGGGGGGGGGGACUGUGGUAGCGGAGGAGCCCAGCUGCAGCCUCUUGUUGCAGAUGUUUGUGGAGGAAAGAGGAGGCCCAGAGGCCUCCCAGGGGUCUUCCCUUUCCUCUUCUCCUCUGGUUGCUUUCCCUGCUGAGGCUUCCUAACAGUCUAGUCUGUUGGAAGACCAGGUGCCUUCUGCUGCUAGGGAACAGAGGCAGCCAUGCCAAUGGCAGAGACCAAAGCCCCAGAUUCAGGCCAGGCACCAGGAGAGUAGGCAGAGAGGAGAGAGAGCACAGAGAAGUCUGUGUUCAGCAGAGAGGGAGGUGCCGGUCCCCAGGCAGCACUGGCCUACCCUUGGCUACUGCCUGGGAUUCACCUGAGUGUUGAAUGGCGUGUUCCUGUGUGUAGCCUGAGCUGGCUUCUGGUAUACCCAGCCCUUGGUACCUUGCUCAGAAGCAUGGGGAGAGGCAGAACCACGUGCUCUAAGGACAAGUAUUCUGGUCUUAGGGGGAGAUACUCUUCCUUGCCACCUGCCUGCCAGGGUCUGCAGCACAGCCCCAGCCCUCCUUGCCCCAGGGUAUAAAACAGGGCUCUCACAGGGUUCGAGGGGCCACAGUCUGGUCCCAUCUCGUCCUGUGUUAGCUCCCAUACCGUCCAAGUGCCAAUUGGCUUUUCCCCCAAAUAAGGGCUGGUAUUUCGCCUCUGUCCCCAGGGGUGAUUUCCCCCUCCCCCUUCCCCAGGUGAGCCACCACCUGGGUGCCAGUUACAGGUGUUUGCAGAGACCAUAGAAAUGUGUUUUCCUGAGAGUCUGUGUCAUUUGUGACCUUUUUUUUGUAAAGAAGUUGUGUUUUCAGAGGUGAUUUUAUGACAGGAAAGUGAAAGAGUUAGUUUUGCAAAAAAAAAGAAAAAAAAAAAGAAAAAAAUUUUUAAAAAGGUAAAAAAAAAAAAAAGAAAAGAAAAAAUAGAAAAAAAACCCAUUGUGGGACCCCUAAGAGUAUAAGGUGGGGAGGGAGAAAGCUAUUUAAGAAGAACGUAUUAACGCAGCGAUUGCACAGGUGAGGUGGCAAUGUUGGGGUGGGUUGGAGGCCUGAGCUAGCUGGUGGGUUCCGUGGGAUAGAAGCACCACAGAGGUGGCCACGGCUGUCCCCCUUUCCUUGACAGCAGGCAGGGUGAGUCUGUUGUGACAUAGGAACAUGCUUCUGCUUGCUUGAAAGAAAGGACAAGCAGUCCUAAGGUAACUAGCAGGAAGCCCAGGGACAGGCAGAUGGCGGUAGUGGGACUCAGUGGGACCCGACUCACUGCUGCACGCAUGCUCAGUGGGACCCGACUCACUGCUGCACGCAUGCGCAAGGCCUCAGGGUGCAUAGACAGGGAAGACGUGGGCCUGCCCCAAGCAGACUCCUUCCGUCUCCUGAGUGGUCUGGAGCAGGAGACCCAGAGGCUGCACAGACUCCUACACAGCCCUGCAUCAUCAGCCUACUGCAGGCCCCUCCCCCACCCCUGCUGCUUUUCAUUUGCCUAAUUACCAAGCAGAAGUUGCAGUCCAAUUUGCUUUAUUUUUUUUGUAUGUGAAAUGAUCUCCCUACCCCGCCCUGCAGGUUGUACCCUGUAAGCACCCUUCCCACCCACUUGUCAGGAACUAGGAGUGGGUGAGUCCUGGGUCUUGGGUUUUGAAGAUGGAGGAUUGGGACCCAUCCCUGUUGUGGUUCUUGCUCUGAUCUCAGUCAGUUCCUCUGUGAAAAGCUGGACAGGGCAGCGAGGCCUCAGCUGGAAGCACUCUGGGACCUCCAGCUGCCCAGCCCGAGGGAGCAGGGUGAGCGCCCCUCCCUGGCUUCAGCGGGAGCUGGUGGAGGAGGGCAUUGUCUCAUUUCAAAGGAGGCUGAGCUACUUCACUGGAGUAUGGAGGCUCAGAGCUCAGGCUGUUCUGCCCUUUAAAGGGAAAGAUGGGACUCUCGCUGGCCAUGGCCUAGGCUGGAGAGUUGGCCCUAGCAGAACGAGAUCAGUCAAGGAUGAGCUAGCCUCUGGGGACCUGAGAGGGCACAUCUACCCCUUCUCCUUACUUUUCUGGUUUGUUUGGGUUUUUUGUUUGUUUGUUUUUCUUUUUCUUCUUUUGUUUUGUUUUUUUGCACUUCGAUGGAUGGUGGAGCCCAGCCUGGUCAGUUCUACCCUUGGGUUCCGGUGCACUAGACCAAGGUGGCCUCUCUGGGGCUUCUGUGGUUCAAGGAAUCACUUUUUAAAAGAUAAGAGAAAAUUUAAGGGUUUUAGUUUUGUUCUGUCUGCUUCUCUUCUUGGUUCAGAGAGUGCAGAGAGUGGUUCCCCUUCUGACAGACACUUGAGAAGCAAAAAUAGGCACCUGGUCAGGUGGGGGCUCAGGACCCCACUUCCCAGCCUACAGUUCCCUCCGUCCUUAAAGGAGUCAGGGUUUCGCUCCAGCUGUAUGCAGUGUUCUGGCCGUGUGAUGGAGCCAGAGGGUCUGAAGGGGCCGAGUGGUGGGUGUCAGACGCUGGACACACCUGGGCUGAGGGGGGGAAGCAGGCAUCUUUUUGUUGGUUUUAACUUAAAAACACAAAGGCCUAAAGAAAUAUGUAUCUUAUAAUUUUUUUAAUUUUUAAGAAGCUUGUUUGAUGAACUGCACGAAUGGAUUCUAUAUAUAUAUAUAUAAUAUACGUACAUAGCUCUAUAUUUGGGGACGGGCACUGUCUCUUUUCUCUCGCAUUUUAAAGAUGAAGUGUCUUUGCCUUUGUCUGUGGUUCAACCAUCCAGCUCCCAGCUGGCUAAACUUUGCCUCCAGUGGUUAAUGGCAGGAACUUAAUAAAGCUGGCCAGUGGACGAAGGGGCAGGCCCCCAGUCUCCCCUGCCCCUCGGGGAGGAUAGCUUAUUUUGGACGUGGGUUUGGUAGAUCUGGGCCAGGGGAGGGCGGGCUCGUGCUGAUCACUCUGUCUUGUACGUUUUGUUCUGCUGCUCUUCAAUAUUGUAUCGAUGCCAGGAAAGGGGGUGAAACCUCCUUCACCCCCAAAUAAAUUGUCACAUUCCGAAGCUAUAUCCUAGCCCCCUA